AUGUCGGCGCCCGAUCCCGCCUUCAGGGACCUGUUCCCACCGACGCAAUACCCCCUCCUGCGCCUGCUCAGCCUUUUCAUCGAUCUGUACGAGGCGCUGCAGACGGAUCCGUCGGAGGCCUUUACAGACGCAUACCAGGACUGGUUUGAGGACUGGUGGAACUUUUGGACUCGAGAGUUUGGCGAAUCACGGACACCUAUCGCGGCGUUUUACGCCGCGCGUUGCGAAGCACAGAGGGGACGCUUACAGCCGAGCAUGUUGGUGAUACCUACGGACUCCUGCAAAGACCCCUGGCGUCAAACAUCUCGGGAGGAAGAGCAGCUUUACAUGCACGACUUCAAGAGUUGGUCUCUCCGUCGUCGAAAUGCGGUCUCAGCCCGCAAGUACCGGGGCGGAGCAAGCUCAUCGAGGCAUGGAUACGCCGUGCCCAAGAUUGGGGAAUGCGCACAACUGCGUUCCGAGGGCUUUGAGCCGUGGAACACCAGCGGAGUCGAGUACAGCGUCACCCACGCCAGUCGCGCCAACCCAGCUCCGCAAGUCGCGCACGCGUUCGCACCUCCUCCGCCAUCACCAACGCACACCUUGCCUCCCCCACCCGCCGUUGACCCACCAGCGUUCCUCGAGCCGCCGGUCCACUUCAGCUCGACGGGCCCGCGCCACCCGCAUCAUUUCCGCUCUCUCGCGCACGGCACGCUCAACAUCCUUGACCGCUACUCGCAUCGCCAGCGCGCCAUCUACGGCCUUGACUAG